UUAAUCCUCAGCGGCUGCUGUUUGGAUAAUGUGCUCUGGGAGCGUUGGAGGCUCGGCGCCCUGCUCACAUCUGGCUGGGGUUUGCUCUUUACGAGUCUGUCCCGCUUUCUUGUCUCUUCCCUUACUUUCGAGAAACCGCGCUUCCGCUUCUGGCCACAGAGACCUUGGACCGGAGGAGGUCACGGUGCCGUGCCGGGAAGGCAGGGGACCCACUGCAGCCUGCACCCGCCCCCCUCCGCACCUUCUUCCCAGAGGACUUUUUCCGUCCUCCUGGCUCUCUCCUCUGACAAGUCUGCUCUUCCCGCGACCUGGCUGGGAGGAGGCCCCGCCGCCGGGAGAUGCUCCAAGCCCGAGAGGCCGUUGCAGGACGCGGGCUGGAGCCCCACCCAGGAGCUAGAGGGAGAUUUGAACGCCCUGAGGCCCUAGCAAGAAGUGUGGGAUCCUGGAGUCCUGUUUGCACGUUGGCUUUGCAGAAAGCAGGCACCGGCGGGACAAUGGGCUCCCGGGGACUGAGACUCGUGCUGGCGGGUGGCCUGUUGCUGGCCUUCGCCUGUGGCCCGGUGCUGGGCCGUGUGCCACGUGGUCUCCAGGAGCCGCCAGAGCAGGAGGGGACCAAGGAGCUGCCGCUGGACCACGCUGUGAGGGAUGAAGAAAACCAUGAAAAGCACAGCCCCAGGUGGGGGGAGGAGGCCGCAGCUUCCCCGUGCUUCCGCUGCUGUGACCCUGGUACCCCCGUGUACCAGGCUAUCCCCGUACCACAGAUCAACAUCACCAUCUUGAAAGGUGAGAAAGGUGACCGGGGAGACCGCGGCUUGCAAGGCAAAUACGGCAAGACCGGCUCGGCGGGUGCCCGGGGCCACGUGGGCCCCAAAGGGCAGAAGGGUUCGAUAGGGGCCCCUGGGGACCGCUGCAAGAACCACUACGCCGCCUUCUCGGUGGGCCGCAAGAAGCCGCUGCACAGCAACGACUACUACCAGACGCUUGUCUUUGACACGGAGUUCGUGAACCUCUACGGCCACUUCAACAUGUUCACGGGCAAGUUCUACUGCUACGUGCCGGGCAUCUACUUCUUCAGCCUCAAUGUGCACACCUGGAACCAGAAGGAGACGUACCUGCACAUCAUGAAGAACGCGGAGGAGGUGGUGAUCCUGUACGCCCAGGUGAGCGACCGCAGCAUCAUGCAGAGCCAGAGCCUGAUGCUCGAGCUGCGGGACCAGGACGAGGUGUGGGUGCGCCUCUUCAAGGGCGAGCGGGAGAACGCCAUCUUCAGCGACGAGUUCGACACCUACAUCACCUUCAGCGGCUACCUGGUCAAGCACGCGGCGGAGCCCUAGCCCGCCGGCCCGCGCCGCGCCCGCCGCAGCCUCCCUGCUCCCCCACCCCGCCCCCCAGGCCUGGCUUCCCUGCCCCGCAGCCCCAGCUUCCACCUCCUACACGACGCCCUCCACGGAAGGGAGAGCAGGAGCAGCUGCGCUUGCGGGCCUCGAGGGCUCCCGGGUGGGCUCGGCGGGCAGGCACCUGCCAGGGUGGGGCGUCCAG